AGGGCUGGGUGAGGGAGUUUCCCCGGCAGAGGGUAGCCGGGAGUGAGUCGCAGCCAGACGCGCUUCGGGAAGGAGCUACCUGGUCCUGGUGCCCCAGCCCCGCGCAGCGUCGUUCUCUGUUCAGCCUGAAGCACAGCCGUCACCAUGGCAACGGAGGAGUCCAUCAUCCGCAUCCCCCCCUACCACUACAUCCACGUGCUGGACCAGAACAGCAAUGUGUCCCGCGUGGAGGUCGGGCCCAAGACCUACAUCCGGCAGGACAACGAGAGGAUCCUGUUUGACCCCGUGCGCAUGGUGACAAUCCCUCUACGUCACUACUGCGUGGUGGCCAACCCUGUGGUUCGGGAUGCCCAGGGCUCUGUGGUGUUGGACGUCACAGGACAAGUUCGCCUUCGCCAUGCUGACAUGGAGAUCCGACUGACCCAGGACCCCUUCCCCCUGUACCCAGGGGAGCUUAUGGAGAAGGGCAUCACCCCGCUCGAGGUGGUUCUGCCCAACACCGCCCUGCACCUGCGGGCCCUGCUGGACUUCGAGGAUAAGAAUGGAGAAAAGGUGGUGGCAGGAGACGAGUGGCUGUUUGAAGGGCCCGGCACCUACAUCCCCCAGAAGGAGGUGGAGGUUUUGCAGAUCACUCAUGCCACCAUCAUCAGGCCCAACGAGGCACUGCGGCUGAGGGCUCGCAAGGAAUUCUGUGACCGGGACGGCAAGCAGAGAGUGACAGGAGAAGAAUGGCUGGUCCGCUCGGUGGGUGCCUACCUCCCCGGAGUGUUUGAGGAGGUUCUGGACUUGGUGGGAGCCGUGAUCCUUACGGAAAAGACAGCCCUGCACCUCCGGGCUCGGCAGAACUUCCGAGACGUGAGGGGUGUGACCCGGCGCACCGGAGAGGAGUGGCUGGUGACAGUGCAGGACACAGAAGCCCACGUGCCCGACGUCCACGAGGAGGUGCUGGGGGUCGUGCCCAUCACCACCCUGGGCCCCCAAAACUACUGUGUGAUUCUCGACCCGGUUGGACCGGACGGCAAGAACCAGCUGGGGCAGAAGCGUGUUGUCAAGGGCGAGAAGUCCUUCUUCCUGCAGCCCGGGGAGAGUCUGGAACGAGGCAUCCAGGACGUGUACGUGCUGUCGGAGCAGCAGGGGCUGCUGCUGCGGGCCCUGCAGCCUCUGGAGGAGGGCGAGGGAGACAACAGGGUCUCCCACCAGGCCGGGGACCGCUGGCUCAUCCGCGGGCCCCUGGAGUACGUGCCGCCCGCCAAGGUGGAGGUGGUGGAAGAGCGCCAGGCCAUCCCCCUGGACGAGAACGAGGGCAUCUACGUGCAGGAUGUCAAGACCGGAAAGGUGCGCGCCGUCAUCGGAAGCACCUACAUGCUGACCCAGGACGAGGUCCUGUGGGAAAAGGAGCUGCCCCCUGGGGUGGAGGAGCUGCUGAACAAGGGGCAUGACCCGCUGGCCGACAGGGGCGAGAAGGUCACGGCCAAGCCCCGGCAGCCCCUGGGGCCCCGGAACAAGACCCGCGUGGUCAGCUACCGGGUGCCUCACAACGCGGCGGUGCAGGUGUACGACUACAGAGAGAAGAAAGCUCGCGUGGUGUUCGGGCCCGAGCUGGUGUCGCUGGGGCCCGAGGAGCAGUUCACGGUGUUGUCGUUGUCGGCCGGGCGGCCCAAGCGUCCCCACGCCCUCCGCGCGCUCUGCCUGCUUCUGGGGCCGGACUUCUUCACUGACGUCAUCACCAUCGAGACAGCCGACCAUGCCCGGCUGCAGCUGCAGCUCGCCUACAACUGGCACUUUGAGGUGAGUGACCAGCGGGACCCCCAAGAGACCGCCAAGCUCUUCUCGGUGCCCGACUUCGUGGGUGACGCCUGCAAGGCCAUCGCGUCCCGGGUGCGGGGCGCCGUGGCCUCCGUCACCUUCGACGACUUCCACAAGAAUUCGGCACGCAUCAUCCGUGCGGCCGUCUUUGGCUUUGAGACGGCAGAAGCCAAGGGCCCCGACGGCAUGGCCCUGCCCAGGCCCCGGGACCGGGCCGUCUUCCCCCAGAACGGGCUGGUGGUCAGUAGUGUGGACGUGCAGUCGGUGGAGCCCGUGGACCAGAGGACGCGCGACGCCCUGCAGCGCAGCGUGCAGCUGGCCAUUGAGAUCACCACCAACUCCCAGGAGGCCGCAGCCAAGCACGAGGCGCAGAGACUUGAGCAGGAGGCCCGGGGCCGGCUGGAGAGGCAGAAGAUCUUGGAUCAGUCGGAAGCCGAGAAGGCUCGCAAGGAGCUCCUGGAGCUGGAAGCCCUGAGCAUGGCCGUGGAGAGCACCGGGACUGCCAAGGCCGAGGCCGAGUCCCGCGCAGAGGCGGCCCGCAUCGAGGGGGAAGGCUCUGUGCUGCAGGCCAAGCUGAAGGCGCAGGCCUUGGCCAUUGAGACGGAGGCCGAACUCCAGCGGGUCCAGAAAGUUCGAGAGCUGGAGCUGGUCUAUGCCCGGGCCCAGCUGGAGCUGGAGGUGAGCAAGGCCCAGCAGCUGGCAGAGGUGGAGGCCAAGAAGUUCAAGCAGAUGACAGAGGCCCUGGGCCCCAGCACCAUCAAGGACCUGGCCGUGGCCGGGCCAGAGAUGCAGGUAAAACUGCUGCAGUCCCUGGGCCUGAAAUCAACGCUCAUCACCGACGGCUCCACUCCUGUGAAUCUCUUCAACACAGCGUUCGGGCUGCUGGGGCUGGGCGCCGACGGUCAGCCCCUAGGCCGGAUGGCAGCUGGCGGGCCCCGCCUGCAGGAGGCGGCGUCUCCCCAGUCCCCGCCUGCUCCACUGGCUCCCGGGAGCACCCACAUCCUGCCUUAGCUCGGUGCAGCGCGGGCAGCUGGCAGAUGACAUCUACCGCUCCGAGCUCCUAAACUUCUCCUGCUCCCUCAAGCCCGCGUCUCGAGGGACCUUUAAGUCAUUAAAUCUUUAGAUCAUUGCUAGCAA